AUAUGGAGCCUUCCUAAUAUCCAAUGAUAUUACGCCAUUGUCAAUUGACUUUGAAUCAGGGGAGAGCGGUGAGGGUGACUUGAACGCCAAGAAUCUGGAUUGAGGAAGUACGUACAAUAGGUAGAGUGCUGGAAACUUGCGUUCGUUCUCCGCUCGUUCUCCUCUCCCAUUCCUCAUUUGGGCCUUUCUAAACCAUGGAAAAGAAGGACGGAGAAAAGGCGGACGACGAAAAGCCUGCCAGAACUAGUGCUAUAAAAGCACGAGGAUCAAAUUGAAUUUCAACAGUACCACAAGUGCUGUCAUUGGAUACGAAUCGAGCUACUUUGAUCAAGAAAUCCCAACGAUCACAAGCAUCAUGCAAAAGAUUUUGAUUUUCGUUGCCCUUUUCGGCUUGAGCCUGGCCUCAAUCCGAGAUAAUAAGAACUCCCAGAUAGUGGAGGCUCCCCAAUACAACGCCUUGACCCAGGAGACGAUCGUUGAGUUGUACGAGUUCCUCAAGACCGAACUUGAGGGCAAGGAUGGUGGUGAAUUGGCUCCCCUGGACCAAGACAAAAUGAUCCUCCGCAAUAAGCGAUCUGCCGAGGCCAGCCCUUUCUUCUUCCGUCGUUUGUUUGGAUUUGGUCGUCGUAAUUUUGGAUUUGGCCGUAGAUAUCGACGAGGAUAUUUCCACUGAAUAAUAAAAA